AUUCGUCUCCGCUCACUGUGUGCGCUUCAGCCUUCACUGACCUGACCCUGCCAAAGCGAAACGAGCCGACGUGCCGCCUACAACCGGGCCGGAGCCGCAGUCCAAAGCGCUCUUUUUACUGAACGCCUUUUCAUACCGACAGUAUAAUAACAGCGAGAAAAUCACUGUAGAAUGGCGCUGGACAUUGCUGACUCGCAGUUCCUCCUCAUCCUGGCACCGUCGCUGGUCAUUGCUCUCAUGUUCCUGUUCUUCUGGCUGUUCAUGAAAGAGACUUCCUACGACGAGGUUCUGGCUCGCCAGAAACGAGACCUUAAACUGCCUCCCGCCAAGCCCGAUGCCCGAAAAAAGAAUGAGAAGAAGAAGAACAAGAAGAAGGAGACCGGCGGAGGGGGAGGAGGAGGGGGCGGUGAGUCGGAGGAGGACCUUAGGGAUUUUGAUACAUCAGAUGCCGGCAGCCCUGCCUCAAACGAUGAGGAUUCUGAGGUGGUACCCAUCACUCUACCUGUUGUCGCUUCGGUCCAGGCGGAGCCUCCAUCUGGGGUAAGAGAGAGGAAGAAGAAAGAAAAGAAGCCGAAAACUACUCCAACCUCUUCUCCAACCGCUGUCCCCCCUCCCCGUGCUACUCCAUUCAUCCCUCCUGUCUCUGUAGAACCUGAGGUCAAUGGGUCCAAGCCUGCCAUCCAUAAAGAGCAGCCCCUACCCCUGGUCAAGCAGUCCAGCCCCCCAAAACCUAAAGCCACGCCUCCUGGCCCAACUGAGACUGUCAGCAAAAAGAAGGCCAAGAAGCAGAAGAGUGAGUCUGAAGAGCCUCCAGCUGAGGUCAAGCCUGAUCUGUCUCCUGCAGUAAAGAAGGAAGAGCCUGUGAUCGUUGAGGUGAAGGCACAGGAUGGAUCCGCCCCUGUUACCACGGCAGCACCACCAACUGCCUCCAGCGGCAGUGGCCGUAGAAAGAAGAAGCAGAAGGUGGAGUCUGUUGUCACAGUGGAGGAGGUACAUCUGGUCCAGUCUUCUGCCCCCAUCAUUGAGUCGACUGCCCCGACAAAUCAUCAAAACAACCAGAACAAUCAAAACAACGAGGCUCCGCCCCCUGCCCCUCCACCCACUAAGCAUGGCAAGAAACAGAAAGGUGAAACCAACAAAGAGAACCCAGAGGUGAAGUUUAAAGAGCUGGCAGCGAGUCUCGGGGGACUGGUCCUGUCGGACUCUGAUGUGGUCAACCUCGUCUCUAUUCUCCGUGACAAGAGUCCCAAUGCUCUGGACGCCUGGUAUAAGAAUGCAGUUAAGUUUGAGCCAACUGCACAACAACUGGCAGAGAAGGAUCGUCUUUUGAACACGCUGCAGGAGGAAGCGUCCAUCGCCAAGGGCAAAGUCAAACAGCUGAGCCAGGAACUGCAGGCUGAGAAGCAGAAGACGAGCCGUGUGGAGUCUCUGCUACAUGAACAGCGGGUUGCCAUAGAGAAAGACAUCAUGCAGGCUAAAGCUCAGAGCUACAAAGAAAUGCAGAUUAAGUUCCAGCAGGUAAGAGAGCAGCUGGAGGGUCAGAUUGCCCGAUUACAGCAGGAGAACGGCAUUCUCAGAGAUGCUGUGGAAAGAUGCUCCACCACCAACCAGAUGGAGACCAAGCAGUCAUCCGAGCUUAAUAAGCUGCGUUCAGAAUACAAUGGCCUGAUGAAAGAGCUGGGGGACACCAAAAACAAGCUUCAGCAGGAAGAGCUACAGCGGAAGAGCCUUGAAGUCAACUAUAAGCAGAACGUGUCUCAACUGGAGGACGCUAAACGUAGCUGGGAAGACUUGCAGAACUUUUUGCACAGCGUGAAUGCAGAGCGAGAAAAGCUUCAGGCUGCUAAACAAGAGCUGCAGAAUCAGCUGAUGGCAGUCGAGACCGAGAUAACCAAUAAAAGCAAGGAAAUCCAGAAUCUCCACAACAAUCUGACAGAGACUCUCAUCUGUAAGGAGCAGGAGCAGAAAAAGGUCAUGCAGCUGGAGCAGAAGGUCAGGCAGCUUUUGGAGGCAUCACAGCACACCAUGCAGCCUGACGGACAAGUCCAGGAUCUUCUUAAUGAAAACAAAACGCUGAAAGUACAGAUGGAUAAUCUUCAGGCUCAGAUCAACACUCAGGCUACAGCUGUAUCACAUUUUGAUGAGCUUCAAAAACUAGUGGCUGAGAAAGAGCUACAGAGAAGAAGUCUAGAAGAUUCUCUUAACGCAGAAAGGAGCAGCGGCGCCAGUCGGGAGACCAACAUGCAGGCCAUGCUUAAUGAGAAUAUGACGUUGAAGGUGGACCUCCAGAAACUGCAGGCACAGAUUUCUGAGCAGGCCUUGUCUGUGGAUCAGCUUCAGCAGGGCCUACAUGAGCGUGAUGAGAAGUUGAGCACGGUGGAGGCCCUGCUGGAGUCCAGCCUCAUUCAGGUAGCGGAUAAGGAAGAUGAACUGAAGGGAUUAAGAAAAAAACGUGAAGAUUUACAACAGCAACUGGAGGUGGUACAGAAACAGAACACAGAACAGGCAACAUCAGGAGCAGCACUAGAGGAGCUACAGCAAAAGAUUCAAGAGAAGGAUGAAAAAAUCAGAUCAGUGGAGGAGAGUUUGCGGUCGGCUUUAGAGAGUGAGUCAGAAAGACAGAAGGUAAUGAAGGAUUUAAAAGAGCAGGUAGAGGUUUUGAACACUGAACUGGCUCAGCUGAGAUGCAGAGAAACUCAGGAGUCAAACUCCGAGUUGAGCACUAAACUACAGGCGCUACAGGAUCAGUUAACGGUUAAGGACCAGGAUGUUGAGAGACUGCAGAGAGAAUUGGAAAAGGCAGCACAACUGCAACAGCAAACUGUUUCAGCAGCUCCCAGUCAGGAGUUAUUAACAGCGCUUGCUGAGAAGGACAAACAUCUAUCUGAUCUUCAGGCAGAGCUGUUAGGGUUAAGGGAAUCCGUGGAGCUUCAUCGCAAGAAAAACAAUGAGCUACGGGAGAAAAACUGGAGCGCUAUGGAGGCGCUGUCAGCCACCGAGACCAUACUUCAGGGAAAACUCACCAAGAGCGCCAAGGAUCACCAGACAAUGUUGGAGUCGGCAGAGGCUGAAUGCAGAGCGCUGCUGCACAGACUUCUGCCACACGUGCCCCUACCCACCGACCAGAACCACCAGCAGUGGCUGCAGAAGUUUGAGACAUCUUUGAAGGAGUGUUCGGCUGCAGAGGUCAGAGUUGCCGCAGAGGUGACCUCUGCCUCUGGGGAUGCCCAGGCUUUAGCAGAAAAGUUGAAGGAAUCUGAAGAGGCCCAGAAAGUUCUACAGAAAGAUUGUGAGACGUACAAGAAGGUGCUAGCAGAAACGGAAGGGAUCCUGCAGCGGCUGCAGAGCAGCGUGGAGCAGGAGGAGACACACUGGAGAGAGAAGUUGGAGCAGUCACAGGCUGAUCUCAGAGAGAUGACACAGAGAGUAAUUGCACUGGAACAGGAAGUGGACAGAUUGAGCACAGAUGGAGAUCUGGAGAGUUUAAGGAGAGACAAGGAGCACCUUGAGUCUGAAUUGGAGAGAGCGGAGCGUGAGAGCGCCACCUAUGUGUCAGAAGUCAGAGAACUCAAAGAUCUCUUGACCGAGUUGCAAAGCAAACUCGACGGCUCAUACACAGAAGCCGUCAGACAGAAUGAGGAGCUGAAUUUGCUCAAGACUCGGCUGACCGAGACGUUGUGUAAGCUCGAGACGGAGGAGAGAGAGCGGCAGAAAGUGGCUGGAGAUCUCUACAAGGCCCAGCAGUCUCUAGAGUUGAUUGAGGCAGAGAUCCUUAAAGCAGGCCAGGCUGACCUGAUAGAGACCAGCGGCCUCACACAAACGGAGGAGAUUGAUCGUAAGGAGAAGAUGACUGCAGGUUUGAAUCAGACAGUUCGGGAACUACAGGAACUACUUCAUUCUGUCAACAGACAGCUUACCAAGGGGCCUGAAAGGGAUGGUGGGGAUAAAUUAUACUCUAAUUAUGAACAUUAAUUUAACAAAGGAAGGCUUUGGUUUGCUCACGUAAAUCAACAAACCACAAUAACUCAGAUUCCAGCCCUGUUUGCUACACCAGAUCUAACAUGUGAUCUCCUGAUCCCUAAACACUCCAAUCUGCUGGCCACUUCUCCCAGAGGAGAGGGGCACUGGGUGGGUGGGCUCCGUGAACCGGAUCCUUUCUCGUGCCCGUGUCGACUCCUCUACCUUGGCAUUCCUCUUAUUCAGUAGACUUAAAUGAAUCAACAAAGGCAUCCGAUAGAUGUUGACGUUUUGCUGACUUGACCCCUUUUUCAGUCCGAAUACUUUGAAUACUACUUUUUGUUAGCUUUCUUUGACCAGAGAGAUUUUUAUCCUUUCUUAUAAAGAGCAUUGAGGAUAUUUGUGUUGUUUUAAAGAUUAAAUAACUGUUAGGAUCUACUGACAACUCACUAUGUUACAUUUUCAGCUCUUAAUUCAGAGGCACAAGAGAUCCAUUUUAAACAAAUAAACGCUUUUCGUCACAUAA